AGCUUCUAUUUGUUGAUGGAUUUUGUCCCCUCAAUUCCCCGAAACAAUAGAAAUCAACAAUAGGACAGUGUAUUAGGCAACAAUCGUUCACGAUUGGAGCUGGUACAUUCAUAACUAAAUCCAACAUAAAGAUACGAACAAUACAAGCCGGUUUAGAAUCUUCACUUUGUGAUCUCCUACGAGUUAUUUGCAGGGUUUCAGAAAGUCCAUAAAGUACAUCCUAGUCACCACAAGUCAAAGACAAACGCUAAAGUGUUUAAGUAUCAAACACGGAGUUCACCUUGUUGUAAAGAUAUUUCUGGACGAUUAUUGUUCCUCGUGGUACUUUCCGUGGGGUUUCUUGUUGGGAAAUAUAGUUGUCUAAUUUGUGCAUUCGUCAUUCCAUAAGAAGCCAAAACAGACACAUAUUUCUCCACCUUCUUACUUUGUACUUGGAACAACUUACUACAACAUCAAAAAAUAAUAUAUCGACGCUCAACUGUCAAUACUUGACUAUCUUCUUCGCUGCUUUCCACCAGCGGCAUAGUACGAGAUCAUUGAUCGAUCGAUCUCUCCGUCUCCUGCAUCACUCAUUACCAACGACUUCUUCUGCCCACCUGAAAUACUUCAGUAUAAGUACCCGUACCAUGAAGUCGAAAGGGUACUGUAUUGAUUCAGUUUGAGAAUAUUUUUCCUUGAUUCACCAUGGCCGCACCCGGAUUACCCAAUAGAAGAGGGAGUACGUCAACGCCUGCGCCAUCAACAAGUUCAGCCUCAAUAUUGAAAUUAGAAGUAUCUUCCAGUGUAGACGGUUUGGCGGAGCUCCCAUCCGUCGAAGUGCAUCCCAACGCACGCCGGUCCACAAGCAAGCAGAAGUUGGCUCUAUGAGUUCCAAUUUAGUGUUUCAAUUUAGUGUUCUGUACUACUUGCUGCGAGAUAGAUUUGAAUGUUGUUUCAGUUUAGUGUUCUGUACUACUUGCUGCGAGCAGAUAGAUUUAUUGUAUUGUAUUUCUUUUUUCAAUAAAGGGAUUACUCGAUUCUUUUGUAUUUUUGUUUCCUAGUUAGGCGUGCUCCACCGAUAUGUAUUGCAUUGUAUUGUAUUGUACUUUUUAAAUCGUUAAUAAGUUUCUGUUUCGUGUAGUUAACAUGAUGGUGCUAUUUCUUCUAUUCCAAUUUUGUUUAUCUUCCUCUAAUUUUUGCUACGCAGAGUGGAGAAAACCUCAACGCCGUACCAGGAUAUUACCUCUCCUCUGGUGGUAUCACAUCCGAAAACAGUCGCAGUGAGUCGGAGGGCCGCUCCUCUCCGAUUACGAGUAGUACCAACAAUAGCACUACACAAGGGGGAACAGGAGUUGUCAACAGUGUGACAUCAUCAAACUCAUCCCCAAUCAAAAUAAUGAACGUUGUCAGUCCGCUCCAUCAACAGCCGCACAGCCUCUCUAAGGGCAAAGGCACUGGGAAGACGUCGUCGAACUCGAAUCCGUAUACUUGCUUUAUUAUUUUUUGUCGGGCUCAAAAGAUAUGUUUCUUUGUUUGAAGAGAUAUAAAGAUCUUGGUCUUCUUCGGUUAAAAACAUUAUUUUUAUGAUCCACCUAUGCGUAUGCAACCACAACAGCGUGAACAACGCGAACCCGUCUUCUUCUGUCUCCGACGAUGAGGGCCAGGACCAUGAGGACUUGGAGGCACAGAGGUUUUUCGGUCCUCUCACCUCUGCCUGCUUUGCGGGAAAUGUGAAUCGUGUAAGAGACUUGUUGGAAAGUGGUGCCAAUGCCUCAAUGCGAACGCCGCUUGACAAACGCACGCCGUUGCACUUUGCGGCGGCGGGAGGGAGUAAUUUAAAUUUUUUAGUUCAUGUUGUUCGCAUCGUAAAUAGAUUUCUAUGUGUUAGCUAUGUAGUGGUAGUUGAAUCCAUUUUCGUCUGUCUUUGAUGAAGGUUUAAAGAAGAUUUCGUUUACAGAUUCUCUUCCAACUUACUACGCCAACACGGUUCGCUCCUUUUGUUUUCAUAAGAACUACUUGGGGUCGACCUAAAAAUCUCUCCUCCUCCUCCUCUUCCACUUUCCACCAUCGCCAAUUGCACCAUCAUCUUCAAAGGCCUCGAAGUGUGCAAACUCCUCGUUGAAACCUAUGGUGCCAAGAGCAAGCCGGACCGCUUUGGAAUGCUGCCUAUCCACGAAGCAGAGAAGAAUUGCGAAAUUCGGUCUUACCUGUACGAAUCAGAGUGCAAGGACAUGGAGCAGCCUGAGGUCUUUCAACCUCCUAAGCUUAAGGCUUGUUGCCCUAAAAAUCCAUCACCAUCUCCAGAUAGUACAUCUACACCUUGCGUGUGGGCCUUGUCCGCUUGGGUCCGUAAGGGGAAACAUCUUCAUCUUGCUUGCAGGACUGGUCAGGUCCAUAGUUAGAUAAGGGGAAAGGAAACGACUUCAAGAUGAACAGGACAUAGUCGGCGAGCGACAUAAAAAACUCACUGCACCACCUCACGCUAGGCACAUUCAUUCAUUCAUUCAAGAUGGUCGUGAUGGAUUGAUAGGGUGAGCAGCUCUAAGAAACGUUCCGGCGUGAUGAUCCCUGCCAUGGGCAACAUUGACACUCUGAAAUCAAAGGUGUUCCAUCUCUGUUCCAGAAUGUCGGACUUCUCCUACUUCAUCGUAGCGCAGGAAGUGGAUUUCUUUUUCAACACAUUGUUACGGGUUGUAGGUUAGACUUAAUAAAGGUGUUGUGUCCCCUGUUAUAGCGUUCGUUUUGCCUUUCUCAACUACGAGGAAAGACAAAGACCUAACGAACGGGGCAAACGAACAGGAAAAGCCUAACUCUAACGCUGGGGCUGCAUCCUAUGUACUUUGCGCAUUUUACGGCCAGUCAAAUUGCGAACCACAUUGCGGUCUUGUUGAGCGCGAAGAAAGUCUCCAAAGCGGCUGGGAGUGAAGAUGUAACCUUCGCACUCGAAAACGUGGACAAAGCGUUUUACUUGGCCUCCUUAGGUCCUCCUGACUCGCAAGGAAACAUCUACGAACAAGUCAGCGACUACGUGUUGAUGAAAGACCGGAAGACGAGGGCGAUCUUUGGAAAGGAAGCAAGCAUCAGUUCGAGAGGCAUUAUGGCUUUUUAUUGCUGUUUUCUUGAUGGUGUUCAUCUUCAUGAAAUGAGAGAUCUUCCUGUGUGUACUACUAGUACAAUACGCAUAAACUUGUCUACUUGCUCUAGCUCUCCGAGAUGUUUGGUCAUUUACAACACCAACAAUCGGCUUCCACUUUGAGGCAUUCUUCAUUCCCCAAAUCAGAUCUUCAUUCCCCAAACCUCCUCCUCCUCCUCCUCCCCUUUCUCCUCCUUCUCCUCCUCCUCCUUCUCUAAUUGCCACCAAGAAGAAUUUCUCCCGGCCCAAGUCUGCAGCCAGCCUCCUGGCGCAGCAGGAGGAGGCGUUUUCGGCAAGUACGGGAACUUGGAGAAUAUGGUUGAGCCUGCGGGAGACGAAUUACAGGGGUUUUCGGUGAUGUACAUGAAAUCCGACCAACCCGCGUUUAGGGAGAGCAAAAACCGAGAUAACAUUUUGCGCAUCUUCAUCGUAGACAGGUUUACGUUCGAUAAGCGCGUCGCGGAGGACGAAAGUGACUUGCAGAUGGUAGCGACACCAAGAUUUUUGAGUUAUGUUGAUGAUGUUACUGCUCAUGAUGUACAUAGAUGUACACCUACAUCUGCAGUUCUUUCUGUAUGAUGAUGUUACUGCUCAUGAUGUACACCUACAUGUUCUACAGUUCUUUCUGUACAGCAACAAAGUCACUGACUUCACCACUGGCACUGCAGUCCCAAUGAAUCGUGUAGGUUUAGUGACAGUUAGAAGGCGUCAGGGAAAUCUUAGGCAGACAGCCGAGUAGAUUUACAUCGUCAAAAAUUUUUACUGAGAUAGUUAAAUGCUUGCAAACCUCUUCGUGACCACAAUGCCGCUCGCGUUGUUAAAAGAUGUUAUUAAAAGAUGUACGCGAGCAGCAAUGAUGACAUCUUCGUCCAUGUGAGAAACUUUCCUGGUCCCCUUCUAACCUCCAUCCAAAUCCGAAUACGCUCUGUCGCGCUACCAACUUCUCCUCGACCGUGUGGUCUCCAGCAAGAACGCAGUGAUCACAGUGCGCGGUGGUGAACUCUAUCCAGGCGACGGCAAUGGACAUGUGAUCCAGUUUGGGACAUAUGGUCAUCGCAGGACCCUCUACAUGAACGAGAUUGCGCAGUGUUUUAACUUUCUCAACAUGGCGCCGAAGCGGUUUUACAUCGAGUCGUUUGCGAAUGGAGUAGUCACGUACACGUUCUUCUUUCAAGACACGACCGAAGAAGAGGUCCAACGGGCUGCGCAGGUGAUGCGGUUCAUUACGCACUUGAAAAUGACUUAAGGCUUGCCGUUGUUUCUCUUCUUAACUUCUUAAGAGGCAUCUUUCUUUGGGCACGAUUUCAAGGGGAAUUCACGUGGUCAAAGAUGCACUUUAAGAUGAAUAUGGAUAAGGUCUAAAAGACGCCAGGAAGGAGUGGACUAGUGUGGAACUGCGUGUUGAAUGGGUACAUUGAGAUUGAUGUUAUAAUUGUUAAAUGUGACGACCUAUUUAUCGAUGCGACCACUACCGAGUCGACAAAUUGUAGGGGAAGGGGGUCUUUUAGCAUUCGCAUUAAACGCGUCUUACACGUCCUUUAGUGUUCACAUAAAAGGGGAGGAGCGUUUGGGGAUUUUUAAUAGUACAAGCUUUCGCGGAGGGUACCCCAGAGGGGGGACCCUCCUCCUCAGCUUGUCCAAACUAUAAAGAGGGCAGACAUUUUAUCGCAACUAGGACAAAACACGUCUCUCCUCUCAGUGGUAGCAAACUGAAGACCUUGCGGGUUUAUUCUCACCGUAUGGUAUGCCAAGAGUGUCCACUUUCGAAAUUAGUGGGCAUCUCUCUCAGAAAUUCGCUUCUCUUCAUUCUGCUCGGGUCUUCGCAAUCCUUUCCGGAACAAAGCAAGAAAGGGCUCGCCACGGAAUUCAAAUCCAGGCUCCUCGCUGAUCUCUCAAAACCGUUCUGCCCUCUCUCUUCGCCCCGCCUCUAGGUUCAUUAAAAGUUCCCAAGAGUAUCGCGCUCGUCAUGCAGAUAAGAGAAGUUCUCAACCUCUCGCGUCAUCUCUCUUCCCUCGUCUUCAGGAGAGUUUUCUUUUGCUGUGGUUGUUUUGUUCUCUUCUCCCAUUCGGUUGGACUCUUUUGAACUCUCAGCCCUCGCCGUUGUUUUCUUUUGAUUUUCCCAGGCGGUUCUCUGUCUUAAGUUUCUUAGCUUCUUCCACAGUUUUCUCUGUUCGUUCACAUCUACGGCGCCCACUUGAUGCUGCUGAGCUCUAUUGUGUCGCCUCUCUAUUGUGUUUGGGUUAUAUUUAUAGCCCCUUUGUCUCUUUCUUUGUCUAUCUCUUUCUCUGUUGUUUCCGGUUUAGCUUGUUAGUAUCAAAGAUGGGCGUCUCCCGUUUUCAGCCUCGAAGGGGCGCCCGUUUGGGGGUAGUUUUUCAGAAAAAGGUCGACGCGCGGACACCUCCGAAGCAAAUGAAGGACGAAGAAGCAGCAGCAUGGGCGCGCGUCUUCUUCUGGUCAUGCUUUCAAGAACAGGCGAAGGCAUGCGGGGAAAGUAGUGACACUAACAACAGAGACAAAAAAGAGAGCGAAGGCGCGCGGGAUGAAGUUGCUCAACUUGGCAAAACAACACAGCAAAAAGAUAGAGAAGCCACCGAAAGAGGCGCGGCUUACUAUCUUCGUAAUCUUCGCUGAUGUGGUCGGAGAGAUAUCCUCGACCAUGGGCGCAGCCCUCCAAGUUUUUGGCAGCAGAUUGAACGUCCUUGACAUAAUAAGGAGGACGUGGCCCGGCUCCAGUGUGUUAUCACUGUGCGAGAUGUCUACGCGGUUGGAGCUUUCUGACGAAUUAGCAGGGCACGCGACGCAGCAACUUCAUACACUUUUGCGCAAGUGUCGCCUCCGGCAGCGGGUGCAUCUCUCCCCUCUUCUUUCACAGACUGCGGGCGCCUCGUUCGUCGCAUUCUGUGCCAAAAGAGUAGAAGACACACGAAAGAAGUCCGGCCUUCGACUUCCAACUAGUCGCAAUCUCCUUCAGGAGUUUUUGCAAACUUCUGGCGGCACUUGGGAUGUUGUCUUUACGCCGAACCUCGCACCGCCGAGCCAACUCCGAGACACUGUGAACGCGCAGAAGUGGACGGUCGACAAUGUUAGGCGCCUAACGUUUGCGCAGCUGAUUCCGCAGGCUCUCUUGACGAAGCUCAUCAAGCACGCAAGGGGCCGGCGGAUAGCGUUAGAAAUGGUCGACGACAUGCGUGCACUGCGGGGCAUAUCCUACAUCACUGCGAAGAACUGGGCCCGUGCUCUUUGUUUAAUUAUGGGCGCUAGAGUUUUGCGACGGUUACACGCCGACGGGCUCAGGCUCGCGCGCCGCUCUUUGUCGAAUUUUUGGGCUUCCUGAGUCCUUAGGGCCUGGCACUUCGGUGAACCUCUCCGCACUUUUCUCCAAGUUAUACCACAUUUCGCGCGUUUUAGUGAUACAACACGCGCGGCGACAGAUAAAAGGAAGCAAAGCGGUGGACAGUGAAAAAAGGCGCGGCUGGUAAAGUGCCAAGGCUCCUGAGUGUUCCAGGGAGUCCAUUGGCCUGGCUCCUUUGUCGGAUGGCUUUGCAGCACACAUUUCGCGAGCUUACCCGUAUCGAACGCGCGGCAAAAAACGGGAGGACACUGGUCGGGUCUUAUCUUCGAGGCGGUCGCUUGCGGUGUGCAGAGCGGCGCGCGCAGUGCUCGGAAGGAGGGGCGGCGCCGACCUCCGCGAUUUCGGUGGGCCAUGAUGAGGAAGCAGAGAGCGACGAGGCUGCUGCGCUUUUAUUUCCACGCGGAGACGUUCUCGAGGCAGAGAGGGAGGAAGACUGGCCGCGCGCAAUUCUCGCCCUUUGUGGUAGGCUCCUCAUUCGCUUUCGCUGGCAAUUGUGUGCCUGCAGCUAUCUACUAAGUAGCUGAGGAGCUCAUCUCCAAGGCGCGCCGCGUCUGUCUUGUGUGUUGUGAUAGUGUCUAAAUUAGCAAAAAAAAACUUUUUUUGGAGGUUUUGGCACAAACGAGCAAAGGAAGUAAAAGCGUGGCUGCAUUCGUUUGCUUAGGUAGAAAAAUGGAAGAAGUGCCCGAAUAAAUUAUUUGGGGGGAAUGCAGUCGCUGGGGCUCUCUGCGCUGAUUAGUUCCCAUUCCGUCAAAAGGGAAAGGCGAGUCUUUGACACUAAGUUACACGCCCAAGCGCUGCCUGCUCUCCAAUUAUACUGAAAGAAACCGCCCGAAGCUUGGCGCCGUUGGCGUUUGCUUUGAAAGACUGGCAAAAUUUUGCUUCUAGUUCUUCGCACGAUCUCGGAAGGGCAGUCGGUUCCGUUCGAUUGUUGUCCCCCUAUUUUCUUAGGCGUGGCGUGUAUCGUCUGCCUCUGUGGUGUUCAUUCUAUUCCAUUGCAGCGCGGCAACCUUCGGGAGCUUCCUGGCAAUAAUAGGCCUGGAGGCGGGGCAUGAUAAUGAGGAAGGCAGGCAGGUGGGCUCCUCUCCCUGGUGUAUAAUCCAUCCUCGGCGAGUCCGGUUAAAUUAAUAAGAACAGCGGGCGCCGAUCUCGGUGAGAGUGAAGAAGAGGCAAAAGAUAGAAGGGCGAAAGGCGUCCACUUGCGUCCCUUUUAUCUCGCUACCACUGCUUCGCGCUUCUGGGGGCUGUCGGUCGAUUUUCUUACUAUCAGCGGAGGGAUGGCGCCUCAGAUAUUGCUUCGAUUUUUUAACAGGGUAAGUUAACAAGUGCGGGCGGUAUUGUGUUAUCUUGGUGAUGCAUGAAACAGAGCCCCACUGCAUGGCGCUCAUGGUGGUGCUAUCUGUGUUAGCUAGAAGAUUUCGGGCAGCAGAGUGCUCGCCACGGAGUUAAGUGAUGCAAGCGAUGACGUUGCGGCUAUGUUUCUCCACAAGGGUAGUGGCGUUCUUCUGAGAGAUUCCCCCGAGUGUUUCGCGCCUUUCCCUAUCUCUGAUUUCUCACGUGGUAGAUGCGGCUGAGUUCCUUUGGGGUUGUUCGAGUGUUCACGCUAUUGCUUCUGGUCUUUGUAAGUGCAGCGCACUGGGCUCCGCGUGGCUUUCUGUCUAUCGUAGCUCUGGCAAUAUUUGAGAACUCGGGCGCAUUCUUACCGCCAUUUUGCACGGUUUUGGAACUGUGUGCCUCGGCUUUCUUAUCGUUGUCCCCUGUGUUUUCUUCACAAGUUGAAGGAAAGGCAUAGAGCUGCACACACUGAAGAACAUUGACCGCGAAGCGCGCAGGCGUUUACAUUUCUAACCGAACAAGGGCAAUGGCGUAAGCCUUCAGGAAUUCCAUGCGUGGCAAUCAUGGCAAUCAUCGCGCGCGGCUGAUCUGUGUGUGACGGUAUGCGUUUCGCCUCUGUGUCUUGUAAGUAAAGCCGUUUUUUUCUCUUAUGUUGUUCGACCCCUUACAACUAACUAGCGGCGCUCUGCGUCGCAAGCUGUUCCCUGUGAGAUCUCAAGUCGGUCCAUCACCAUCACAGAAGAGAGCGGGAGGGCAGCUGGCGCGCCAGUAGUGCCCGCCAAUCGGUCAGACUGCGAGUCGCUUGAAAGCGUGCCGCGCCUCUUUUAAAUAAAUGGAAAGGCUAGGCGCCUCUUGCUUAGUUGUUGAAGACCUGGAACGCGUCGGCGGCUCUUUUGUUGAGGAAACAUCUUCAACGGCCGAGACUGAGAGCUUUUUGGCUUUCGUAAUUCAUGGGGGCCACUGGUAGAAGGAUAAAAGGUAGAAAGUCUGCCACAGUUUCCAGCAUGAAGAGGGGCAGGGGCACUGCACUCGGCCCAUUGCAGCUACUUCUGCACUUCAGAAAUCUUGUCCGUCGUUGAUUCAUGUCGCCUCGCCUUUCUGUGAUUGGGUUGCUAGUGUUUGGCUUGCAGCUCCCUCGGCGGAGCAAAGAGCAGAGAGGCGCACCGCUUCGCACCUCUGUGGGCUGUGUUCCCGUUGAUGGAUAUAAUAGCCACGACACGAAAAUGGGAACGGAGGAGCAUGUCGCAGGGGUUAGGCUUUUGCCCCCCUUUGUUUAUGUCCUCUAGCUGUCCUUUUUUUGUUUGUGUUUUGCUUCCGUUCUCAUUGGUUUUCUCGCUUUCUUUGUUUUGGUUCUCUUUGUUGGUUCCCUCUGUUGGUUCUCUUUGUUGGUUCCUUUUGUUGGUUCUCUUUGUUGGUUCUCUUUGUUGGUUCUCUCAGUUGGUUCUCUCAGUUGGUUCUCUCAGUUGGUUCUCUCAGUUGGUUCUCUCAGUUGGUUCUCUUUGUUUACUGGGUUUCUUUGGUAUUCCUAUAAGGGCUGCUAUAGGGCCUCCUAAGGGGUCGCCUAUAGGGCUUCCUAUAGGGCCCCCUAUAGGAAGUAUAGUGCUCCUUGCAGUGUUCCCUAUAGGGCUGCCUAUAGGGUUUCCUAUAGGGUUCCCUAUAGGGCUGCCUAUAGAGAUGCCUAUAGGGCUUCCUAUAGGGUUUCCUAUAGGGUUCCCUAUAGGGCUGCCUAUAGAGAUGCCUAUAGGGCUUCCUAUAGGUCCGCGGUCUCAAAUACGGGGUCCUAUAGGGGGUCCCUAUACGAAGGCCCUAAUAGGCGUUUCCUAUAGAGCCUCCUAUAGGGCUCCUAUAGGAAAAGCCUAUAGAGUUUUGGUUUACCUCUUGUAUAUAUACCUGUUAAUUUAAGUAGAGUUGUAUUUAUCGACGGGACCACUAUAAUUGGGAUGUUAGACGAGUUAGUCAAAGUUAAGUUUGACCACAGCUAUUUGACGACCGCAGUGUAUCAAAGAAUCCUUAUUUUGUUCAACAUGAUCAAGAACUACAUUUACAACAUGAUGAUCUACUACUACAAACAGCACCCUGAACCCCGAAUCGAUGACGUACGUGAUUUCUUUGGUCAAAUUCGCGCACAUCAUGGUUCCGAAGGAGAGGAUCUAUCCUGCUUUCUUGGAGCUGCGCAACCAGCUUUCCUUCCACGUCGAAUCGCAAACCAAGUUCGACGAGCUCUACAAGCAAGCGUUGCUGGAAAUCCUCACUCCUGAGCGCAUCUACGUCACUGCGGUGAAGCACAUCAAGUUAUGAGUGUAGGAAAUGCAUCUCCAAAGUCACCGGGGCAAAGAGAAGGGAAGGAAAUAGAAGAGCAAGAGGGAACCAGAUGGUGAUCUCCUGUGAGAUGGUGCAUUCCCGACGCCUCUAAUCAAGACCAUCGCGGUGCUGUUUGACGAUUUCAAGCAGAUCGCGCAGGGCAUGAAGAAGCCCUUUUUCAAUGAGAAAUUGUUCGAAGAGAAGUGCGGGAUGCUGCAGGAAGACGAGCGGUUGAUCUUGAGAACUAUGUUCUUGUUCAACGAAGCGUUGCGGUGCUCAAACUUCUUCAAGAAAAGCGGAAUCCCUGGAGCAAUGGCCUUCCGGUUUGAACCGAGUUGCUUAGUGCGAGGAAGGGAAGAACUUUAUCCGGAGGUACUUUUUUGGCAUCGUGAUGCUUGGAUUUUUUGCUAUUCUCCUUCUAGUAUUCUUAAAUGGUAAGUAAGUAUUCCUAUUGACGAAUAAUUCGUCAAUGUCAAAAUCAGCAAUAGAAUUCGACGUUUUCUGUUAUCGCAAGUAGCCAAUUUGUUACUACAACUACUUAACAACUUCUCGCAGAUGCAGUUGGAGUUGCCUUUCGGCUUUUUGCUUUUGAAUCUUAAGUUUCCCAAUCCACGCAACCAUCCACAAAAGGUCCCCUACGGCAUCUAUCUCAUCGUUGGUCGUGACUUCUUUGGUUGGCACGUCCGCUUCCGAGAAAUCGCGCGUGGCGGGAUCAGGUGUGUCAAGUCCGCCACUAGGGAGAUUUACACGCGCAAUGCAGCUGCUCUGUUUGAUGAGACUUACAAUUUAGCGUAUACGCAACAACGCAAAAACAAGGACAUUCCGGAAGGAGGUUCUAAAGGAACAAUUCUAUUGGACUCGACGAGUCAGGAUUCGGCGCAAGACGCGUUUUUGAAAUACAUAGACUCGCUGUUGGAUAUCAUGCAGAUAAAGCCGGGAAAGAAUGAAAAAGAUGGUAUGUCUUACACUACCUGUAGUAGUACAACAAGAACACUACCUGUAACACUUACACUACCUGUAGUACCUGCUUAGUUAUUUGACGCAUGAGACUGAUUUGAAUGCGAUCGUGGGAGAGAUUUGAAUCUGAUCCGAAGAUGAUAUUUAUAUCUUUCAAAUUGUUCAGGAACCGAACUACAACUUCAAGUCAUCUGGAGGUAAGAUAACCAAUUAUAGUGACUCUAAACUACCGAAAGGUCUAGCUCUCUCCUCAGAAAUCUUCACUCGUCAGGUAUCUUUUCCCACCUCCCAUCCGUGGAGACCCUCUUUUUUGGUCCCGACGAAAACACUGCCGACUUCAUGGACCUUGGUGCCAUCCGCGCUAAGGAGCGCGGCUACCCCUACGCUUUCGCACUGACUACUGGCAAAACGCAAGAGUUAGGCGGCGUACCACAUGAUCUCUAUGGCAUAACCACUACUGGCGUGCAUGAAUACGUGCUCUGCCUAUUGAAGGAAUUGAACAUUGACGAGAGCAGCAUCAGCAAGUUUCAAACUGGUGGCCCCGAUGGUGACUUAGGCAGCAACGAAAUCCUCAUCUCCAAGGACAAGACGACCGCCAUUGUCGAUGGCUCUGGUGUCGCCUACGAUCCGAAUGGAUUGAACCGCACUGAGCUAAGCCGCUUAGCGAAGGCGAGGAAACCAAUUGUUCAUUUUCAGAAACAAUUUCUUUCCUGCGAAGCAGCUUUUGUGGUCAGUUGUGCAGAUUCGAAUAUCACUCUGCCAGACGGGAGUACUUGGAGGAACGGAACCGACUUGCGCAAUGCAUUCCCCCUUACACGCUUUGCGAAGGCGGAUCUUUUCGUCCCGUGUGGGGGUCGCCCGGCACAAGUGACCCUAGUUAAGGCUGAAUGUAAUUCUAAUUCAAGAACAUUUCCCUUUCCCAUUAUUCAUUAAGAAAGGAACAAAACAAAAAUGACCUCUCAACUGUCUCGACCUGUCACUUGGUGACUCAAACUCUGCGACCUAGGCUAGUGCUCUGGCUCACUGAUAUAGUUUUUUGUUAAAAAAGGUGUAACGACUUGGUCUUCUUCGGUUCAAAAACAUCAUUAAGAUUAUCAUUUUAUUCAUAAGCAGGUCAUUCACAUUCUUUCGUUGUCGUUUCUCUACGUACUAGGUCGUCUCCCUAUGCCAGGUCCUCGUCUCCCUCUUGGGAAUCUUCUCUCUAAUCUACGCAAUGUGAAGCAGCUGAUCAACAUUCCGGAUCCGGAAACCGGAGUGGCAACGACUCAGUGGAAAUACGUGGUGGAAGGUGCAAACCUGUUCUUCACCGACCAGGCACGACUGGUGCUGGAGUCGAAGGGCGUAAUUCUGUUCAAAGACGCAAGCGCAAACAAAGGAGGAGUGAUUAUGAAGAUCAUGAAUUUUGUAGAGAAGUUUUUGUAGAAGCGUCACUACUUAAAUGCUCGCCAGGAGCAGCAUCAUGAUCUUGAUCUUGUACUUAUCAUGCUGGAAGGUUGCUCGCCAGGAGCAGCAUCAUGAUCUUGAUCUUGUACUUACAUCAACAUACAUAUAAUACAAGUUGUAGAAGAAGUAGAUGAAUGGUUCUGGUAUUUUUGGUAUAGCCUGAAUUUGAUCCUAAGGGAAAACAAGAAGAGAACCCUUAGGAUCAAAUUCAGGUUACCAAAUACCAGAACCAUACAGUAGAAGAACAUUAUCCCCGCUCUAAUGCCUCCAGUUCUUCUCUCGAGGUUUUCGCUGCCUUAGCUCUCGACCAGCAAACCCACCAGCGCCACAUGACUGUACAGCUCGGCGAGCCAGCCCCUGUCUUGUACACCAGCUACGUCGCAGAGAUCAUCGCCAAGAUCAAGGAGAAUUGCCAACGCGAGUUCUACUGCAUCUGGAACGCGACUAAGUCUCAGCAGCAAGGAUCAACAGCCAAUAAGACCACUAAAACGCAACUAACUGCCGAAGUUUCAACUGCAAUCAACGGCUUGUUCGACUCCUUACUUGAGCAUAUGGAGGAAAACGGCAAGGACAAGGACCUGUUUUCUUAUGUGCUUAAACGUGCUGUGCCAGCUAUCUUGCUGGAGAAAGCAGGCGGCUUAUCGAGUUUGAAGCGCAGGGUGCCAGCGGCGUAUCUGAAGGCCAUGGUCGCAGCUUGGAUUUCUUCGCAGUUCGUCUACGAAACUGGUCUCGAAAACAACAAACCUUGGUUUUUUCACUCCUACAUGUCGCAAUUGCAAGAGGCGGCCGCCAACGACGCUCCCAGUGCCUCUAGUAGUAACGACGGAAACAGUAGGUUGAGCAGCAGAAACAAGAACAACUUAUCUGCAGCACAGCAAUAUCCAGGAACACCAGCAAAUAAUGUUGGAUCACCAACGCUUUCGGUGUCGGACCGUGGAGACACGCCACUGAAGGGACAGCCAGGAGGUCAGCAAGACAACUUCUUCGUUACAGCGAACAAGUCAUUGAUCAUCGGCCUUCAGCAUCCCAAACCUGGAGUGGGAGAGCACCUCUACGAUGGCACCCCGUUCGCGGUUGUGGAUCCCGUUCGCGAAGAGAGUGUGGAGGAGAAGGAGUUAUGACCAGUUCCUAGUGUUCACAAACAUCUUCAUGAAAAGUUCCCCUAAUUAAUGAUCCAAUGAAAUGAUCCAGUUCCUAGUUUUCACAAACAUGAAACAACACCUACUCUGAAGCUGAAAAUAACCGAGUUACCGAGUUCUUACUGGCUCCUGAAGUAAAAAGGGAGGUAGCUUAACAUCAAGGCUACCCUUCCUUGUUCAGUCCUUUCUCGUUUAUUUUCAGUCCUUACUCGCUUAUUUCAGUUUUUCGAAUACUCUGAAGCUGAAGAAAUUAUAGCCCUCGUGGUCCUACUCCUAGUAGAUAUAGAUAUGCUUUUUACCAGUACAACGACCAGAGUUAUAGAAAUCUAAUCAUCUUGAACUAGAACUACAGAACUUUGAUUCUAAUCGUUUGAUGAAGAAACGAAGAAGAAAAGUAAGUAAAAGUAUGCUACUAAAUACUUUAUCUUCUAAGCGCUAAAGCAUGACGCGGGUACUUACGCAAAAUAAACUAGCAACGCUGGGACGCAGACAAGCAGGAGAGUCAUCACUCAGCUCGUGCUCGUGGCCUGUAGGGGAGCUUGCAGCUGAGGGGCAAAAAUAGAAAAGAGUGCUCCUUGUUCCAAUCGGAGGCGUGUUCGAUGACAUCGCAUGCUCCUGUAGUUCACGCACUUGAUAGUGUUUUUGGAUUUUUUUUCUUUUUGGCAAUCUUCAUAUCCUUCGUUGGGGUUGAUAAACCUUCAGGUUAUAAAAUGGAAUAACGAACGUGGUAGCCCUAGCAUUCCAUUUUAUGAGGACAUAUUUAUAGAAACAGAAAGUAUAGCAAUAGCUGACAUGAGCACUACUAGGCAGUGAAGUCAUACCUUUUUCUAUACCAAGAAUAGUAUCAAAGAAAAUGAGCACGAACAGGUUGUCCAGAAAGGUAGAUGACAUUGAAGAUUCAGCAUAUGGCACGAUGCUAAUAUCAAAUAGGUUUUCCUAUGUGUAUUUCGCAUUAUUUCCAUUUCUUAUCAUUGACCUUGUUAGAGUUAGACUUAGAAGCUUUCCUUUUCACAUGAUUCACUAGGAUCCAAAUGAGAAUUUGUUCUCGUGUAGGUGUAAUCUCCGUCGGGACUUGGACGACAGUAGUUGUACAAAUAUUGUCCAGCUGCAUGUGUAAAAAAGGAUCGAUCUUGUAAAGCAUUGUCGUGAAGAAACUAUUUAAUGUCUCAUGGAGACGAGGCAGAGAUUUAGAUUUUUUUCCACCGAAUCCAACCGAAUAAUAAAGUAGAACAACCAUAAUGCAUUUUUUGUUGCGUGAUGCAGCUGCAGCAUUAGGAUUACGCUACUUCUAAAAGAUCAUGUUGACGUAGCAGUUGACUAAAAGAUCAAUAAUUUUUAAUUUAGAUAGAAAAUCUCACUUUUUCAAUUUGCAUAUGUUGAGCAUGUUACUCCUAUGUAUUGCUGGCGAAGCGAGCAGCUGCUGGACUGACCUUAUGCUAUACGAAAGAUCGGAGAAAAGGGGUAUGGUAGAACUUCUGGUUCGCGACUUAUUUUGCGACAAUAUUCACGGCUUAUACACACUCAAAACACUCAUGCUAUGCACGAAAUCACACAUGUACAGAACACGAACAGAUACAAUAGCAGGUUGAGGACGUUUCAAAUAGCAACAUAUUAGCGAUAGCAACAGCUAUGACGACGACCAGCAGCUAUCACGACGACCGGAUAUUAGCCGAUUGCAUAUGCAUGCACAGUCUUAAUACUGUUUUCCUGUGGCUCCUGUAUCUUCCGUCCUCUUGUGUCAUUUUCUAUGUUCGAGCAUCUUAUUUCUCCAUACUCAUGAUCAUUCAGGAUUGACUCAACAUGAACAUGUACUAGGUUAUGUAUUUUUAGGUUUCCAUUGAUCCAUCUUCCGUAGACUACGUCCUUCAGGAGAUACGAAUCGAAUCAAACGCAGUGAUAAUGUUGUGGCAUGAUGAAUCUUUUUUGAUUCCUGCUUGGACACAAGUACUAGGCGACAUCAACUACAGG